GUGUCCCUCGGCCGGCGUCAGAAAUAGGCUCUCAUGUUUGUUUACUGAAACAGUGUCUUAAUUUCCCUCAAAGUGGAAGUAUCUGAGGUUGGAAUAUGACACUUUGGGUUACCUUAAGCCUUUAACAAAUUUUGUAGGCAGUCAUGGAUCAGGUAAUGCAGUUCGUGGAACCCAGCCGUCAGUUUGUGAAAGACUCCAUACGACUUGUUAAGAGAUGCACCAAACCUGACAGGAAAGAAUUCCAGAAGAUUGCCAUGGCAACAGCAAUAGGCUUUGCAAUAAUGGGAUUUAUUGGUUUCUUUGUCAAAUUGAUCCAUAUCCCAAUCAACAAUAUAAUUGUAGGUGGCUGAAUAUUCAUCGUGAAGAUGACAGUUGUGACACCUGCUGCAGUGAUUUCACAGCUUUAAUUUGUUUGAUAUUAAACAAGCUCAGUUUGGGUUUUCAAA